UCCUCGACAGCCAGACACCGCUUCCGGUGUCGCCACCUUCUUUGUCUCCGGCCCAACAUCUCGACACCAGGGGCUGUCUGUUUUUCACCCUUUAGUUUGGAGGAUAUAUUUACACAUAUAUCCCGUGUUUUCUGAUAUUGAAUGACAGUCGACUCUGAACUAUUUAUGCCUAAAAGCAAAGCGCCAAAGAUGGAUGAGCUGGACUACAUCCCAGUAGACCUGAGCCCAGAGGAGCGCUCUGAGCUGGAGGACAUCCGCAGGAGGAAGGGCGUCCUUCUGCAGGAGAUCCAGAGGCUCAGAGAGGAAUUGAGAGAGGCAAUUUUGGAGGUGGAAGGACUGGAGACCAGUACUGAGGGCAGUAAAACUCUCCAGAAAAGUAGGCAUGUGGCAAUGGGAAGGAAGAAAUUCAACAUGGACCCUAAAAAGGGCAUUGUGUUUCUGGUGGAGAAUGACCUGCUCAGACACACUUCAGAGGACAUCGCUCAGUUCCUCUACAAAGGAGAGGGCCUCAACAAGACCGCUAUAGGAGACUACCUUGGAGAAAGGGACGACUUCAACAUCAAAGUUCUUCAGGCUUUCGUUGACCUCCAUGAGUUUACUGAUCUCAACCUCGUCCAGGCCCUCAGACAAUUCCUGUGGAGUUUCCGUUUGCCUGGUGAAGCCCAGAAGAUCGACAGAAUGAUGGAGGCCUUUGCUCAGAGAUACUGCCACUGCAACCCCGGCGUCUUCCAGAGCACUGACACAUGUUACGUGCUGUCAUUUGCCAUCAUUAUGCUGAACACAAGCCUCCAUAACCCAAAUGUGAGGGACAAACCUGGUUUGGACCGUUUCAUCUCGAUGAACCGAGGCAUCAACGAGGGAGGAGACCUGCCCGAGGACCUGCUCAGAAAUCUCUACGAAAGCAUUAAAAAUGAGCCCUUCAAGAUCCCAGAGGACGACGGCAACGACCUGACGCACACCUUCUUCAACCCGGACAGAGAGGGCUGGCUUCUUAAACUUGGGGGACGAGUGAAAACCUGGAAACGGCGAUGGUUCAUUCUCACAGACAACUGCCUUUAUUACUUUGAAUACACCACAGAUAAGGAGCCGCGAGGUAUCAUUCCCUUGGAAAACCUUAGCAUCCGUGAGGUAGAAGACCCAAGAAAACCUAACUGCUUUGAGCUGUACAUCCCCAACAACCGCGGUCAGCUGAUUAAGGCGUGUAAGACGGAGGCUGAUGGGAGAGUAGUGGAAGGAAACCACAAUGUGUACCGUAUCUCCGCCCCCACACCCGAGGAGAAGGACGAAUGGAUCCACAGCAUCAAAUCUGCUGUCAGUGUUGAUCCCUUCUACGAAAUGCUCGCUGCCAGGAAGAAACGUAUAUCACUGAAGAAGAAGGAGGAACAACCGUAGAGUAUUCCCUUCAUUCACUCCCUGUUUUCCUUUGUCCUUCUCAUCCCUCCUUCCAACACGGGACACAUGUUUUCAUCCCUGCUCCUCACGACCUGUUCAUAAGUUUCGUUACCUCUUUUUCCCCCGUCCCCAAACACACCCUCUCCCUGAUAUGAGGACUCCUUGCUAUCCUGUCUACCAGACUCUUGAAAGCCACAUUUCAGAGUGAAGCGCUCACCCACUGUGUGGCUGCCUGUUUGUUAUCUUGGUUCUUACACUACUGUUGUCAUACGCAACCUCACACACUACAGCCAGAGCACACCGCCUGUCCCGUCUUCUCACCACAUUCCUCUCUCGUUAAGCAUUUAAGUGAACUGUAAAACGUGUCUUAGACCAUAUCCACGCUAAUGUUGGUGAUUUCAAAAACACAUUUGUCCUUUUUGGGCCUUUCACAUUUAGUCAACUUCUCAAAACUGCUCACCGAAUGUGGACAAAUUUGCAAACGCUGGGAAAAUAGAAGAUUUAAAAAUUAUGCCGCUGAAUCAUUUUUGAGACGGCGUUAUUUUCUUAACCAAAACUAUGACGAAAUAUGUUUGUCAACAAAAAAAAUUUCCAUGACUAAUACGAGACGACAAGACGGCACCGACGCCUUUAAACACUAACAGUGGCGAUGUCAAACAUGCAAUAUCGUUGACGAAAAAAGACAGGACUUAAAUGUAAUUUCUCUUUUUGUCACCCCUCUCUCUGUCUCAAACACACGGCGCUCGGUCCGUCUCUGGACUAAAACGAUUUGAGUUGUCGUCGAUUAAAACUAGACUAUAACUAUGAAGGAUAAAAAUGACUAAAAUGUUACUAAAACUAAUAAGCAUUUUUGUUUUAAGACUGAAUCUAAAAUAGCUGCCAAAAUGAACAUUGUUUUGAUAUUCUUCUUACUUCCUCAUUUACAGUUGCUUCGUAAACCACAAACAAUAAAAACAGCAGACAUAUGUGAGGCUGGCAGCUGAAGCAUGCGUUAUAGAAGACAUUUAAUAUUUCUCUUUAUGUAUGGCGGACUUUUAGACUAUUAUCUGAAUCUGAACGUAUCUUCUUUUUUUUUUUUACAUCUAUCUGCAUUAGUGUGAAUAUGGUCUUAUUCAGGGUAGCAAGCAGCUUCAGUCCUCGUGACGUCUUUCUCUUUCGUUGAUGCUGCCUGAAUGAGAACUUGCCUUUCUUGAUUGUGCUUACCCCAGAAAACAAUGUGAAUUCACAAUUAAAACACUAACAAGAUUUACUUUUAGUUGAAGUUUGGUCAGAGAGGAAUCAGUUUAAGUCAAAGCAACAAAUGAUUUCAGAUUACUGAGAUGUGCCCUUUGCUUCCUAUAGUAGUCUUAAUGGCUUUGACACACACACUACUACUGUCUACACUACUGUAACCAUUAUGUGAGGAAAAUGUCACUGUUCGUUACUGUUGAUCUUCAAAUACAGUCGGGUCUCCAGGGAGAAAGGUUGCUUUACUCGCAGAAAUAACGGAGACGGCUGUUUCUCCUUCCAGAUAGCUGCUUGUUUCAGCUCACUGAGACAACAUAUCUGUUCUUUAGCAUGUUUCUUUACAUGUUUGAGCAAUAUCAGAGUAGUUCCAGUCUGUAGGCUUGUUUACAAAUCCUUUAUAACACUAUACUGAGCAGCGAUCAUCAUGUCCUCUCAUAUGUAAUGUUCUCUCGCAUGCCACAAUUCAUUUCCUUCUUGCUCAACAACUACAAGACGAACACUGACAUCUCUCUCCCAAGUAAUAACUCCGUCAGACGUUUAACUGUUAGAGCCUGGUCUGUCGCGCUAUAGUGAGUUUUCAAGAAAUCACAAAGGCAGCUCAUUACAAUGUAUACUUUUUGUAAAUAGAUGUUAGCAUAUUUGUUUACGAUACACAUAGAAAUGAUUUAAUUUAUUCUUUAUCUUUUGUUAAAAUCGGAUUUUUGUACGAGCUACUGUAGGACUGCAUGUUGAUAAACUGAAUUGGCGUAGGUACGGAUGCGUCGCUGAUCAUGCUAGUGCACUGAUUUGAAGUGUUAGUGUUCCCUGUUGACAUGGAAAAAUUGCAUUUAAUAUGGAAGUUGAUUUAUGCGUAGAGUAAAUUGUCUUAAUUGUAGUUUCUUUGGGAAAAUAAGAAGAUAUUUAGAUGUUUAGUAGUCUGAUUUCUCUCUUGACCACCCUGUUGGUUUUUGGAGUAAAACAGACUCGGUAAAGCACAACCAGUAAUGUUAAAACUAACGUCCAGUUUUUGGUUCAUUGGCUGCCCGGUGUCCACUUGAAGUGUGAGGAAGCGAUUUACAAGCUGAAAAUGUUCCACCGUACCACAGUGAUAGAAAUGAAGAGGCAACAAAACAAGGAACACUAACAAAGCUUUGAUUCAUUAUAUAAUAGUAAAAUUAUCCAGAUGUAAUGAAUCAGUAACAAGUUUAGAUUUGUGUCCAGUGAUAGAUUUGCUUGACAUCCAGUUCAUAAACUUAUUACUAGUAGUUUAUUGGAUUGGCUUUUUUUUUUUUAGAUGGUAGUGAAAAUAAUUGUCUACUGCACUUUAUCAAUUUUAGCAUUUUGGAGAAAAUGCUGUUACUUUGACUGUCCAUUACUCUGUAGCACCCUCUACUGGUGAUCUCACACACUGCAAUAUGCUGAAGGAUGAACCAUGAACUGUGUAGAUAAACUGUAUUACGCCGCCGCCUGGUCAAUGCCAGCUAUGACAGUUUCUGACCAACAUGUGCUGUAUUUGUUCACCUGAUAAAGAUCAUGUUGUUUGAAGCUGAAUGGGUUAUUUUCUCUGUGAUCAGAACACCUUGUUUUAAAGAUACAGCAAAUACAAAUGCAGAUCUAGGAUUGCCUUUUACUCUCCUACUUCAUCAAACUGACAAAGGCCUAACUUUAUAUUUCCAUGUAAGUGUGUCAACACAACACAUGGGACUUUCUGUAGGCCUUCACUUUCUGGGUAUUCUUGAAGUGCAAAGUUGCCAAAUAUAAACCUGUUGGGACAACAAAUGUUUCCUUCAAAACAAAUGAUUGAACACUGAAAUGAUUAGAAUGAAACUGGGCCUCUGUUUUUUGAUUCCACCUCUUUCAGAAAACGUGUUUAUUUUGUAUUUAUUUAUUUUUAUUUACUGUGAGGUGAAGAUGGAUAGAUCAUCUGUAAAUGUAGCAAAAGGAAAAACCACGAUACAUUGGUGCCAGUAAAGUACUGUGUAACAAUAAAAGGUAAACAGAAA